GAAAGUGAAAGAAAGUGAGACGAAAAGGAGAACAGAGACGGUGAGAGUAGCCUUACACCCGGGGUAACCAGGCAGAGGGGGCACCGCGCAGUGACAAAGGACACCAGCUGUACCCGCACCCAGGACGCCCGCCAGCAUGAUGCCAUCCACAAUCUACAAGCUAAGCUUUAUUCUUUUUGUACACGCCAUUGUUCUUCUGGCCGUGAACCCUACAUCCAAAUCGCAGUCCAUGUCCUGCUGGCUGGUGGAAGAUGUCCCUGCCACCGAGUCUACACCGCGCGUGAUCCGACAGACACCAGUAUUGGUGCAGUUCACGGACGCCUCUGGACUGACCCAUAGUUCUCCAGUAACCUCUGAACCUGGCACCUUGCUCUUCUAUGUUUUUGAUCCAUCAGGGAAUCUUUCUCCUGAGUUUACCUCCUGUGAGAUAACUCAUCAUUUGCCUCAAGAGAUGUUUUUGAACUGGACGCGCUCCCUCACAGAGGAGCAAGUCAGUCCGCCCGCCCUUGGCAGGACCUGGUACACCUUGGCGGCCAAGAAUCGUUUGGAUGGAAGGGCGGUGAGCCUCGUGCUGGGGCCCCUGGGUGACAAAAAAGAUCAUUUUGCAGUCUCUCUAGCUGUGUAUUCUGCCUCCAUGGUCCAACAUGCCCAGUUGGGUAAGCCGCUGUCUCUAUCUUGUGGCAUGUGGCGGGGACAUCAGCAGCGAUUCGCUGUAGAGUGGCGCCAUCGUGCUCUGGGGGCUGGAAGCCUCCUGUACACGUAUGAUGGAUGGAAGGACAAGGUCGAGGAGCACGUCCAAAAUUGUCACCUGAACUUUUUGGCCUUACACAACGAAGGGGACGCUUCCCUGCUGUUUGACAAUGUAGACAUUUCACUCCAAGGCACCUUGUUAUGUACAGUCUAUCUGCCCUACCUGAGGGCUCAACGAGAAAUCCAGCUGGUGGUCACAGCUAAACCGCAGGUCACUAUGAAGCCGGCACCGCUCUUCGCUCAUCCUGGUGAGGAGGUGACACUCACUUGUGACAUUUCUCACUUUCACCCUCUGGAAAUCUCUGUGGACUUCUUAGUUCAGCGUUCAGGGGAAUCACAUCCCACCCUGCUUACUGGAAGCUCCUUGUCUCAUCACACCCACAGCCAUGAUGGCACCUAUAGUAUCACCGCAUUCCAGCGCCUUGUUGCCAGCAGCGACCUCCAUGGUGCCCGCUACUUUUGCAAAGUGAACCAUAUUAGUGCUGCAAAGGGGAUCUCAACCUCCCAGACCCUCAAAAUUGCAGGGGUAUCGGGGACGUCUGUGGAGGACAUCAUGUAUCUCUUUCUGACUGCGCUGGUUCUCUAUGGGAUUCUAAGUUUCCUGCGCAGGAAAGCGGUGUCAUUCUUUGGGAGUCAGGAGGAGCUGAAGGCUCAGAAGAAUAAAUCGGAAUAGAGAAAGAUGGAAGAACGUCGUCGUUUAAAGUUAGAGUGACAAGUCGUCUACUGAUCCAUGUCUGCUCAACCCAAAAAAUGCUAAUUGACUAUGACGCAUCCCUAGACCAACGCUUUUAAUUGCACUAUUUUGUAAUUGUUCGCAGCAGCUUGUGUACGUACAGUAAGUGUCGGAUCCCAUAAAACCAGUACGACCUGCUGGAUAUAUUUAGCAUCUUCUUUUAGGAGGAGAUUGAUCAAACUGGUGUAAGGUAGAACUGGCAUAGUUGCCCAUAGCUGCCAAUCAGAUUCCACCUUUCAAUUUCCAAAUGAGCUCUGAAAAAUGAAAGGUGGAAUCUGAUUGGUUGCUAUGGG